GUCAGAGGAGCUGCGAAAUCCACGAAGUCAGCCUAUCUUGGAGCAACUUGGGCCGCUGAGGCUGCUCAGGACAUCUUCCACGAGCAUGACCUGGAUGUUGGCAGAACUGCGUUCUGAAUACAAAAAGAAGGAGUUUCAGGUCCAAUACAAGCAAAUUGGAACAAAGCGUCCCCUCUUUGUACUGGAGAUUCAAAGUAAGAUUCUGCCGAAAUAUGGCUUCAGUGGCGAUGCGAAAGGCGUACUCAACAUGAAAAUGGAGGUUGCCUUACUGAGCCGCAAGGACAGGAUGAUUUGGAAACUCAUGAUGGACAUUCACAAACUUUUGGAUCUCCCAGACUCUGCAGCUGCCGAAAUCUUGACCCUGGAUUUUGGCGCAGCCAAUCAGGUGGAGCAUGAAGUUACGUCUGUUUAUCAGCAGGCGCUUCAGCUCACCACUUUCGAGAAACUCGUCGCUGCGCGCCUACACAGACAACGACGGAGCUUGUCAGAAGGCCUCGAGCUGCUUUGGAUGCGUCUAGCAGAUCCAUUGCAGCCGGCUCCGGUGUCACUGCGAGAGCUAGCCGCAUUUGGGGCAGCUUCACGCGAGAGUUAUGUCCUGACUGGAGCAUCUCGAAGAAGGUUUGCCCUGGACGUCCUCAGUGCUGCAUGUGGUGUGAUUGCAACAGGGAAGGCGUUGCAGAUAGUGCGGAAGCUUUGCUUAGAUGCUCAUCCAGCAGUGGUAGCAAAAUCAGAGGAGACCAGACAUCACAGUGGUAUUUAG